AUGCCCUCCCCUCAUGUCUCCUCAGAUGGAUUCUUCAGCCAGUCGAGUGGAAGCUGCGCGGCAGACGUGGACACGAGGCUGCCGGGUCACAACACUUCGCACCCAGACGAUCACGAUGUGGUUUCCCUGAGCUGGCAGAACAUCUGCGCGCACCAAGCGGGGACUUGGAGUGUUUUCACCCCGCGUGUGGAGGACUGUGUUCAGCCAAGGGGGAGAUUGAGCUCGGAACCGACACUGCCUAACCCAACCAUCCUUCGUCCACGCGUGGGAUGCUUCUCUCCGCGUGACGCACGCACGCUCUCUACUUUGAUCCACAGCGAGAGGGUUGACGGUACAACGAGCGGCAUCAUGGGCUGCGGACUACGUAAGAUGAAGCCCACCUCGGAGGACAAGUCGCCAGGCAAGAUUUACUCUACACUGAAGAGACCUCAGGUCGAAACCAAGGUGGGCAUGGCCUACACCUACCGCUACCUGGACUUCCUCAUCGGCAAAGACGGCGGGACGUCCACGCUGCGUCUGUCAUCAGUGCGAGAGCUGCCAGAACAGUUGCAAGAUCUUUACCAGCAGGGUUUCCUCCUGGCGGCCAUCCACCCAUUCAUCCACCCCUGCGGCCCUGGGUCCAACAGCCCGCAACACCAACUCUACCGUGCCAUCCUGGUCCAGAUCAGCGAUGGGGUGGACAGGAGGCAGGCGGUGUGCCCGCCAUGCAGGUUGCAGCUGGAGCAGUGUCUGCCCGCAGAGCAGGUGCCAACCCCAGAGCUCAUCCAGGGAUACGUCAAGAAGCAGAUCCAGGACGCGGCCGACCAGGGCGUUACAUUCGUGGGCUUUGUGCAGGAACCCUACGGAGCACCCUGCACCAUGAUCCCAGAACCAGACACCCCCACGCUGUCCCUGCACUCUAGCCCCAGCUCCGUGCUCGGCUCUCUGGGCAGCUGCAGCCCCUCCGUCCCCUCCAGCCCUUCCUGCCACGGAGGUCCAGGAAAGGAGACAAACACGUGCAAAAACUCCGGGAAUCAAUCAGAGGCCCGGGGGGAAGUCUCGGUCACCUCAUCGCCAAUAUCCGAGGAGCUGACGGAGGAGGAGUCGCCGUGCCAUAACAACAACAAGGACAGCGCAACGGAUUCAAAGCAGAGGACCAGAUACCUGCAGAGAUCCUAUGGGGCUGAACUUCUGGCUUUGUAUAACCACCCGGGUGUGCGCGAGGGCGGUGCGGUAAAGUACUACACGGUCAAAGUACCGCUGCGGGUGCACGGCAGCGUCAGCGGCGGCGGUGACGACAUCCGAGAGGUGGAGGCCAACUGGCUGGAUCACAUGACACAGCACUUUAACAAUGGAGCCUCGUUGGUCGACGGACACUUCCACCUGGGAAACAUUCAUGAUUUUCUUCACAAGUCGGUGGAAUGCGUCUUCGUGUUCCAGGAAGCGACCGAAGGCGAGGCCAACACGACCUACGACGCCAUUGUGGUGGAGCAGUGGACUGUCAUUGACGGUUUGCAGGUGAAGGCUGAUUAUGUUCCCCUGCUGCAGUCCUUAGCCAUAUACGGCUGGAGACUCACCUGUGUGCUGCCAACACCUGUCAUCAAGACCAACAGCGAUGGGAGUCUGGCAACCAAACAGAUUGUAUUCCUUCAGCGACCUGUCCUGGUCCGUAAGCGGAGGGAAUCCAAGAAACUGAUCUUCAAACCUCGUGGCAAGGCCAACAAGAACAGUAUCAAAAACAAAAAUAGGAAGCCCAAACCUAAACCGGAUAAAGACAUUAAGAUUCCCAAUUACAGGGAAAAGGUUGGAAAUGACGACGAAGAGGGGAAGACCCGAGAGAGCAUGAAACCGAACGUGCAGGAUGGAAAAAUUGAAGAUGAAAGCGCCAUCAAGGUAGAAACUGGCCAAACGAAAGAGGAACCAGCUGAAGUAGAAGAGACAGAAAAGGAAAUGUCUGAACUUCACAAACCAGGAUUGAUGGAUUCUUUGGAGAGGACAGACACCCAGGAAGUGAUAGAAGCUGCUUCUGGGGUCGAAAACGAGGACAAGACCGCGGUAGAGCAGGAAGUUGAAGCUUUGGUGGAAAAUGGCGGGGAAAUGGAAGAUGAAAAGGAAUAUGAAGUAGACCAGAACCAAUGCAAGACUGAAGAAUUUGCCGUCCUAGACGUCACCGCCAAGGACAUGGUGGUAGAUUCACAGCCCCCAACGAUGAAUGAAAUUCCACAAGAGUAGCCCAAAAUUGUGAAAACCCUACCUAUAAAACCUCAAACUCAAGAUAGGGUUCACACCGGCACAUUUUGGGAACUUGGAGCGUCAUAAGCUGCAACAACCUCUAAAACUAUCAUCUUUCGUCCACCAACUCUGCUGUAUAACCACACGUUGUGAAUGUAACAUGUAUCCUUGGAGGACCUGAAGGAACCAGAUGACGAUGAUAGGUCUACACCUAGAACUACAAUUUACAGUCUAUUAGCUGGCCUGCAAACCCUCUGCAUUUGAAGGAAACGGAAGUGCUACAUGAUUGCUGUAUGUGGAAAACUGACUAUGUAUAUGGAUUACUUGUGGACUCUCGUUGAUCUCCGCUUGCUUUUGAAAAAAAUUACAAUAAAAAAAAUAUCCAACAAGAUGACGAACCUAAAGUCAAAAGACACCGACAAAGAACACUGGCCAACCUCUAUUGUACUACUGACUGCCUAAAGACAGAAAAAACUGCUGAUUCGUUCAGUUCCACUUGAUUUGAAGUGUUGCUUUUGACUAGAGGGCCUACACGGGGGGAGGACUUUGUUUGCGACAGGCAAUCCAAAGUAGCGUCAAGAGAUCUUCGGAGCGAUACGACAAUGACGAACGACUACACUCACCUUGCAUACAGAAUGUUCCGAAGAAGCGGAUGUGAAAUUCAUGGGAAUGUGAUGUAGGUUUUACCUUCCAGGAUGUAUUCCCAUUUAGUGUUUCUCAUCUGCCAAAAAAAAAAAGUCCGUUGUACCAUUACCUG